AUGUCUUAGGAUAAAAUAAAAGGAUUUAUACAAUAUUUGAAACCAUCGAAGGAUAUUUAAAACCAGUUUUUCUCAAAGAAAAAAGAUUAGCAAAGCUUUUAAUGCUACGUAUUAAAGAAUGAUGCUAAAGUGACUCCAUAUAGAAAUCCAAAAUGUUUAACACUUGAAUGCAUUUAUUCUUAAGAGGACUUAGUAUAAAAAUUUACAACUGACGCAGAAUAUAAUGGAAAUUUUAAAUUUACUUGUUAGUAUUGUAAUGCUCCUAUAUAUUUAAAUGCCUUUUAGCUUGACUCAAAUUUAUAAAAAAUUAUUGAUGAUUCAUAUCAAAAAAAUUAGUCCAUUAAAAAAAUCACAAUUUAUAAAAAUGGCAAAUGGGAUCCUGUUUUUGAUCAAAGUAAAAAUCAUUUAAGCAUGGUCGAUAUUCCCGAAGAAGAAAAUGAAGACUCUAUAUUACCGAAAAUUGAAGACUACUCUAAUUAAGACCUAAAUUCUCUAAUGGAAAAAUACAAAAAUGAUUGGCCAGCUGAUUUUUCUGAAACUGCAUUUAAGGCAUUAGAUAUGGAAGUACAUUUUCGCGAUUUGUAUUAAAUUGUUUUUAAAAAUGAGGUUACUAUUGAUUCUAUGAGAUUUCUUAUGGCUUAUAUGCAGAAUGUAAAUUUGAAGGAUAAAUAUAAGUGGAAGAUAUUUUAUAUUGGUGUGAAUAUGCAGAAUUUCGAUGAUAGUGCAAAUACAGGUAACUAUCAAUUUAUCCAAGGGUUUGAGAAUACUCUAGGAACUAACUAUACAGAAAAAUGGGAAUACAUCACUAUCUUUUUUUUGUAUCAAGGAGUUUGGACUUUACUUAUCUAUAAGAUAAAAGAUAAAACCGUCACAGCUUUAAAUUAUCACGACUUAGAUACAACUAUGGCGAUUUCUAAAUUUUUGUUUUCCAAAAUAUUAAACAUUCAACCUGAGAUAAAUUUUCUUCCAGCAUUUGAAAUAUCAAAUUAAAAUGAAUCGUAAUUUAGUGCAAAUCUUAUUUACUUAUUCUACUAUAAUCUUUUGGUAGAAAAAGACUUCUCUAGUUUAAAAGAUCUAAAUAAAGAAGGUAUAGAAACUUUUAAAUAAGAAACAUCAACUUUAAAGUGGCUGCUUUUAAAAUGCACUGAAAGAUAUAUUGAAAAAAAUAAUAUUUAAUUUCAUAAAAAGCCUUCGUCAAUAAAAUAGCCAAGCAUCCAAAAGACUCCCUCUAUUUCUCAAUAACAAACAUUAAAGGCACAAAGCUUUUAAAGAUAGCCUACUCCAAAAUUAUAACCAAUAAUCGAGAAAGAACCUUCUUAAGAGUAACUCAUUUCAAACUUUGUCCAAUCAAGAGAAAGCAUAAGAACUCCAAGUUAAAAAAAUUAUAAUCCUUCUUUGAAUUACAUCACUUAUUAAAAACCUUCCCCUUAAGUAAUUCAAAAAAAUCCUACUCCCUAUAUUCCUCCCUCUUAAAAUUUUAAAGAAGAAGAUAAUCAAGUUGUCUAGCUAUCUAGAGAUGACCUUGUAAAUUUGCUAGAAAAAGUUAGACAAAAUGUAUUAUAUGAAGUAAACAACCCUUAAAAGGAUCUAGCAAAAUAGUACGUAGAAGACAUAAAUAAAUUUAAUGUUGUGUUGGAUAAGUUGGAUUAUAUGCAACCAAGCACACUAAAAAACUAAUCAAUUUUGCUCAGCGGUCAGGAAAUGUACAACAUUUUAGAUAAAUUUAGAAAUGAUUUAUAUCGUAAAAUAGGCUAGGACAGAAAAUACGGAAUAAACUAUAUCGAUCCAAUGAUUGAAAAAGAAGAGGCUGAAAAAAAUUAACAGGCCUUUCAAUAAUUACUGUGGUAUUACUACUAGUAUAAUCCUUAAAUGUAUAAACAAUUAAUUGAUGAGUAUAACCACAGAUUUCAUAAUUAGUUGCUUGAAAAAAUGGGGCUAAGUGAGAAAUUCUCUUUAAAAAAAAUGUAAUAAUAAAUUAUAGAAGAUUAGUUAAGGAAUCAGCAACAACAUAUUUCGUAGCCUUAAUUCAAUUUAAAUUUAGAUAAGAAUCCUUAAAAUUAUGGAUCAUUAAAUAAAUCUUCAGAUAGGUUGUACAAUUCACUUUUAAAUAAAAAUAAUAGUAACGACUAUGUUCUAUAAAAUAGCUUAAAUAAGAAAAAUAGCAUUCUUUUAAGCGGCUAAAAUAGUUAGAACAUUAAUAAUAACAAUAUUAAUAUGAGCAAAGAGAGUUUAAAUAAACAAAGCAGCAUUUUAUUUAAUAAUUCAUACUAAAAGAACAAUAAUUUCAAUCAUUCUUCUUCCUUUUAAAAACCUCCUGGUUACUUUAACAAGUAAUGA